AUAAUCUCCUCCCAUUUGGGAAAAGGAAAGAAAAAAGAAAAAAAGGCAAAAUUUUGCUGGAUGAAGAAGAAGGCCUCAAAUUUUACUACUCUUUCCCUUUUUGUAUCUCUCUCUAGAAGUCUAGAUUUCUUUCUCUCUCCUUACAGGAAACAAAAAAAAAAAAAAAAAAAAAGGAAGAAGAAACAGAGAAACUCCACACAUCAACGACAAGGAAGAGUCUUUACCACUCAAAAUUCUGUCUUGCUUUCUUUCUAUCUUUCUUUUCUUUCUUGCUGUGCUGUGGUUUGCUUUGUUUCUUUCUCUUUCAUUCACAUUCACAAAGCUUUUAAUGGCCCAGCUGGACCAAAAUUUAUGUUAGGAAGAAAAACCAAAAAAGAAAGUGAAGAUGGAAUGGAUGGAUAGAUAGAUGGAUAGAUAGAUGUCUUUCUAAUGUCCUCCAACCAAACCCACUUCACAAUCACUCACAUACACACAUACACAAACAAACCCUUCUUUUCUUAAAAAUGGGUGUUCCCUCAAUUGCCCUUCUGCAACCCCCAAAAAAUCCCCCCAUCUUCAUCACUGUCUCUGAAAAGAACAAUUUUUUUCACCGAGUUAUGUGGGCUUUUUUGGGUUUUAGUUGGCUUGGUCAGAGCUUCCACAGAGAAAACAGGAAACCAGGAACCUUCACCCCCUUUCUCUUCCUCAAUUCCCAUCAAUUUCUCUUUUCUCUUUCUAUUUCUCUUCUUUUUCUCUUUCUUCUUUGUCCUUGCCUCUUCUUCUUCUUCACCCACUUUCUCUAUUUUCUUCCCUACUUCUUCAUUACCCAUCUUCCUUUCUCUCCUUCUUUCCCAUUCAUCUAACUUUUUGCCUCUUUUCCCUUCUGGGUUUUUGUUUUCUUUCCUUCCUUCUCAUCUAUGAAGAAGAUGAAAGGAGUUGUCUCUCAAUACCCUGUUUACGAGGAUUCCAAGACUAGAUUCAAGCAUCAGAGUCUCCUCCAAGAUUAUCAUGACUUGGAGAAGGAAACAGGGACUGUCAAGAGGAAAUUACAAAUGAUGAAGCAAAAGAAGAUGACCCUAAUGGCAGAAGUCAGAUUCUUAAGGAAGAGAUAUGAAUACUUAAUGAAGAACCAACCAUCAACAAAAGACCAUUAUUCAAAUGUAGAGACAGUGCAGCAGAAGCAAUGGAAAAAUCAAGUGGCUAACAAUAAUAAGAAGGGGAAGAAUGGUGGUAGAAGAAGAACUGCUUUGAAACCACUUCCGACUAUCUCAGAUAUAAACCAAAAGGAAAGAAUCGAUAUGCCUCUGCAGAAUUCUACUCCAAUUCCUGUUCUUGACUUAAACCAGAAGGCAAAGACUUCUUCUAGGAAGAAAGCCAGUCAACAUAACUCGACCCCGGUUUUCGACUUGAACCAGAAGGAAAGAAUGUGCAGUGGGAGAGAUGCUAGCGAGAGAAACAUCACUCCAUUUUUUGACUUGAACCAAAUUUCGAUAGAGGAAGAGGAAUUGCAGACCCAUUACGAGCCGCUGAGAGUUGAUGAGCUGAAGAAAAGCCUUCUUCGAGGAGGGAACGAUGAGCAGCAAAACGAUAUCAAGAUUUCUGCAUGCAGGAGUAUUGGAGAUGGUCCAAGUCGAGCUGGUAAAAGAAAAAUUUCAUGGCAAGAUCAGGUAGCUUUAAGGGUUUUACUUAAUGAAGAACCAACCAUCAACAAAAGAGACCAUUAUUCAAAUGGAGAGACAGUGCAGCAGAAGCAAUUGAAAAAUCAAGUGGCUAACAAUAAUAAGGAGAAGAAUGGUGGUAGAAGAAGAACUGCUUUGAAACCGAUCCCGACCAUCUCAGAUAUAAACCAAAAGGAAAGAAUCGAUAUGCCUCUGCAGAAUUCUACUCCAAUUCCUGUUCUUGACUUAAACCAGAAGGCAAAGACUUCUUCUAGGAAGAAAGCCAGUCAACAUAACUCGACCCCGGUUUUCGACUUGAACCAGAAGGAAAGAAUGUGCAGUGGGAGAGAUGCUAGCGAGAGAAACAUCACUCCAUUUUUUGACUUGAACCAAAUUUCGAUAGAGGAAGAGGAAUUGCAGACCCAUUACGAGCCGCUGAGAGUUGAUGAGCUGAAGAAAAGCCUUCUUCGAGGAGGGAACGAUGAGCAGCAAAACGAUAUCAAGAUUUCUGCAUGCAGGAGUAUUGGAGAUGGUCCAAGUCGAGCUGGUAAAAGAAAAAUUUCAUGGCAAGAUCAGGUAGCUUUAAGGGUUUGAGCUCAUUGUAAUCUCUAGUGUCACUUGGAACAAUACCAUAUGGGUGAUGGGGUUGAGGCAUUUCCUUUGCCUGAAAGCCACCAAGGUUGAUUGUAGUAAUUCCUUCUCUGAUUCUGUAUUUUUCUAUGUAAAGGGAAAGUAAAGUAGUUUUUGUA